AUGACGUCCUUUCUCUGGGUGAAUAUGGUUUGGGAUAAUCCAUUCAUCAGCUGGAACCCAGAGGAAUGUGGGGGCUUAACAAAGUUCAGUGUGGCAGCAAAGAACCUCUGGCUCCCGGACCUCUUCAUCAUAGAGUUCAUGGACGUGGACACAACCCCAACCAGUCUCUAUGCCUAUGUGCACAGUGAUGGCCGGAUCAAAUACGAUAAACCUAUGAAGGUGACCAGCAUCUGUAACCUGGAUAUCUUCUACUUCCCCUUUGACGAGCAGAAUUGUACCCUGACCUUCAGCUCUUUCCUGUAUACAGUGGAUCACCUGGUGCUGGGCAUGGAAAAGGAAGUGUGGGAGAUCACUGACAAUUCUCGUGAUGUCAUUCGGACUCAAGGGGAAUGGGAACUCCUGGGCAUCAACAAAGCAACCCCAAAGUUGGUAGUGGGUUCCAGUCUUUAUGACCAGAUCAUGUUCCAUGUGACCAUCCGGCGCCGGCCCAGACUUUACGUCAUAAAUCUGCUGCUGCCCAGUGGAUUUCUGAUAGCAAUCGAUGCCCUGAGCUUCUUCCUGCCAGUUGAGAGUGGCAACCGAGCCCCUUUCAAGAUGACUCUGCUCCUGGGAUACACCGUCUUCCUACUCAUGAUGAAUGAUUUAUUGCCAUCCAGCGGCACCCCACUCAUCAGUGUGUACUUUGCUCUGUGCUUGUCCCUGAUGGUAGUCAGCCUGCUGGAGGCCAUCUUCCUCACCUACCUGCUGAAUCUGAUUACUACACAGCCCCCUCCCAUGCCCCUCUGGCUCCAUUCACUGCUGCUGCACUACCUCCGAGCAACAGAUUGCUGUAACAAGAAGUCUCAGAAAGAACCCAAGGGCUCUGGCCCCAACCUCAUCCACCUGCCUGGGCUGAUGGAGCCAGGGGUUACGGCAGCAUGGGUGCCAGGCUCUAGCGAGGCCAGGCUAAAUGGAGAUCCCGGAUCAACGAGGGCACCAUUGGAACAGGAGGCCCAGGGGCGGCCGACAGCUAACAUAUUCCUCUACUCCUUCUUUCCAGACCUAACCUCUCUGUCCCUUAAGGAUCCAGCCCAGGAGAGCCAUCUAAUCAUUGUGUUGUCCUAA